AUGACUGCGUCCACGUCGUUGGCCUCCCCAGCCGAUUCGGGUGUAUCUCCAGCGGGAAACGGGGACGACACGAACCAGCAUGGAGAGCCCGUUCCGGUCGGCUCAGACAGAACUUUAGCGGGAGGGUCCGAAGUUCAAAUCCACUUAUCGACAGACCUUCCCGACCUUUUCCAACUCCCUGACCAGCCGUUCGUCGUCCCCGGAAACUACCGAAGGCUGGAACUGUCCAAGCUGGUCAAUCAACUUCUGGAGCAGCAAGAUGACCCCGACUGGCCAGGCCACCAGCCUUUCGAUUUCCUCGUUGACAACAAGUUGUUUCUUCGAACGUCUCUCGAGGAGUACAUGCGCGCUCGAGGCAUCACGGCGGAGGUGCCUGUCAAUCUUCACUAUCAACUGGCGAUCCGGAACCUCGGCAGUGCACAGCUGCCGCGCGCGGCCGACUGGAUCUCCUCGCUCUCCUACAUUUCCACAGAAAGUUUGCUCGUGGAGACGUCGUACGAUGGAUGCUGCCGACUUCACUCUGUCUCGCCGUCUCCUCGCGGCUCUCCUUCCACAUCUCCCUCCGCCCCCAUCCUCACGCUCGGGCUCAAUCGAGGCCCCCUGACUGCCUCCGCCGCGUUCGCUGCAGGCGCCUUCCUGCCGCCUCGCUCAGCUCAGCUGGUGCUUGGCAGCUCCAGCGGGGCUCUCUACUUCCUGACCUGUGUCUCUUCUCUCUCUUCUGUGUCUGCUGUCCCCGCCGAGGGAGACGAGAAGGCCGCGCUGGGGGCCGAGGAGCGAACGGGCGGGUGGCAUGCAGAGAUGCAGGCCGUGGGGUGUCUAGACAGCGGCGUGGCGUGUGUGGGUCUCAGUACAGACGGCGUGACGGUUGCGUCUGGCGACAAAGGAGGGAAUGUGUAUCUGUGGGAGAAUUUUUCGCUUCUCACCGACGCGGAGAAGCAGAUAGGGCAGUGGCGAGAAAAGGGUGAGGCCCAGGCCGAGAGCCAGCGCGAGGGUGCCGCCGUCGACGGCAGUGCGCCGACCGUGAACGGAAACGGCCCGGGAAAGAAGAGACGGCACGCGUCUCUCUCCCGUUCGCCCGGCGAGGACGGGGCCGGAAGCCUCUUUGCCUGUCAAGAAAUGCGGCCGAAGCUCCGCCUCCGAGGGGUUCACACGGCACCAGUUUCCGAUGUGGCUUUCGCGCCGUCGCCGUUCCGAUGCGUGCUGUAUUCGGCCUCCCUCGACAAUUCGGUUUCGGCCUGGGACACUCUGGUCGGCGGAGACCCGCUGGUCACCUGGCCGGUCUCUCGCGGCGUCACGUCGCUCUCUUGCCGACCCUCAGACGGUCGCGUGGUGUGCACCGCUCACGAAGACGGGCGGCUGCGGCUCUGGGACAUUCGCUCCGGCGCAGGCGCAGCGAGUGCGGCGAAGGCGGGGACUCCCGUGAUGAGUUUGGACGCGAAUUCGCGCCUGGACCUGAGAUUCACCUUUGGAUGCGCACACUCGCGGCUCUGCACGCAAGUUCGGUGGCUGCCACGUCACCUCGCCAGAGAGAGCCGCGACCGGCAGGGGGACGACGUGGCGGGUGAGCACCUUUUGGCGUCGGUUGGUCAGGACGGAGUUGUGAAGCUCUUCGACGUCCGGGCGCCGACGCUGCCUCUGCUGACGACGGACGUGCACGGCCGCGGGGCGACGGGCAGGCACGGACGCGAGGAGAGAAGCCCAGGGAAGGCCGUGCGCCUCCUCGCGACUGCGUGGCUGGGGCCAACCAGACUCGCCACCGGAGGCUCCGACGGCGUCACGCGCCUUCACUCCUUCGGCUCGAGGUGGACGCCCGAGAGCGAGUGA